UCUAUGGAUCCUAUUAAAUUGCGUUUUUAUGUUGAGCGAUAUGAAAAAGAAAGUCGUACAUUGAAGCUACAAGAGAAAUUUGUUCUUACAGAUCAAAUAAAAUCUUUGACUGGAAAAUUUUAUGCACGUCACGAUGCUGUUUCUUUAUUUGACAUUCCAGAGGAAUAUAUUAAAUUUAUUGAGAGGCGUACAGCUUUGAAACCAAAAGAUAUUUAUAAAUUUAGGCCUCCUUCAGUUAAUAUGGAAUAUGGAUGGUUUAUAAAACCAUUGAUACCAAGAUCAUUUGAUCCAAGAUUACAUUUUGCUAAAAAAGGAUGUGAUUUUAUUAAGAAGGAGUUAUAUCAACGACACCUUCAGAAAGGUCUACCAGUAGAAAGAUUUACUGGUGUCCCAUUCAAGACAUGA